CUCGUGUUGUUGGUAUUCAUAGAAGCAGACGCGCAGUGGAGGCUAGUAUGGUCCCUUAACGAGAAUUUCGUGCCAUUGCCGUUCAUUCAGCGGCCCGUCUGUUUCACACCAAAUAACGAAACAAUUCAUCAGGCCACAUAAAAGUCUAUCGGGAGAUUGGAGGUCGGAUUAACGCGCAUUGCGUGACCUUGCACUGAAUGUAAAAAUAGAGGGAUUUUCUUUUAAAGCACCGACACGGUUAACUACCCCAGCCAUGGAGAUCGUCACACAUUUAAUCAACGACACCAUAGAGUUCUACAAAUGGACCCUCACUAUUGCAGACAAGCGUGUGGAGAAAUGGCCCCUGAUGGACAACCCCCUACCCACGCUCGCCAUCAGCACCUCCUACCUCCUCUUUCUCUGGCUUGGGCCCAAAUACAUGAAGAACAGAGAGCCCUUCCAGCUCCGCAAAACCCUUAUUGUCUACAACUUCAGCAUGGUCUUCCUCAACUUCUUCAUCUUUAAAGAGCUGUUUAUGGCAACGCGAGCAGCCAGAUACAGUUACAUUUGUCAAUCGGUGGAUUAUUCAGAUGAUCCCAAUGAAGUCAGGGUGGCAGGAGCUCUGUGGUGGUAUUUCAUCUCCAAGGGCAUUGAGUAUCUGGACACUGUGUUUUUCAUCCUGAGGAAAAAAUUCAACCAGGUCACCUUCCUGCAUGUCUACCAUCAUUGCUCCAUGUUCACGCUCUGGUGGAUUGGCAUCAAGUGGGUGGCAGGAGGACAGUCAUUCUUUGGUGCACAUAUGAAUGCGAUGAUCCAUGUCCUGAUGUACCUGUAUUACGGUCUUGCCUCCUGUGGACCUAAGAUCCAAAAGUACCUGUGGUGGAAGAAGUAUCUGACAAUUAUCCAGAUGAUUCAGUUCCAUGUCACCAUCGGUCACACGGCCUUGUCUCUCUAUGUCAACUGUGAUUUCCCCCACUGGAUGCACUACUCCCUCAUCUGCUACGCCAUCACCUUCAUCGUCCUGUUUGGCAACUUCUACUAUCAAACCUACCGCCGCCAGCAACCCGCACGUCGCGACGUGUCCUCUUCCUCCAAAGCCGGCAAGGCUGUUUCUAAUGGCACCCUCAACGGCCUCAGCAAAGCUGCCAACGGAGCAAUGCUGAUGGGGAGCAAAGAGGAGAAACCCCAGGAGAACUCUGGGAGGAGAAAGAGGAAAGGACGAGCUAAAAGAGAUUAAAGGAGGGUGAGUCAAAGAGGUUCAGGUGAGGUAGGGCCUUGCUUGGUUUCUAGGCUGAUCGUGCUAAAACAUGAAAGACUUACUUUGAGGAAGAUUUAGAUAAGUGGAUGAUCAGGUGGGAUGAGUUUAUUUAAGCCAUGAUCUGAGUUGUAUAUAAAAUACGAGGCAGGCAUUUUUUGUUAAGAGAGGACCAUUCUGUUACUAAAAGGUGAUCACUGGUCAUACACCGGAUGACCAUUAUCACAACACCAAAUACAACAUUUUCUGGCGUCAGACAGAGCUUUGUAUUCCUUCUCUUUAUUGUGGCGCUGAGUAGACCUGCUUCCAUGAGUGACUUUUAGCUAGUUAAAAUCGAAGCCUGAAAAGUGAGAAAGUUGCAUUUAAUGCAUCUGAGCUGGUAAAAAGCAAUUAGAAACUGCUAUACUGAGACAGGAAUACACAUGAUAACAGAAAUGUCUAUUUAUAUUUGAGUGUAUUCUUAUUUUUUGUUGCUUACCUGUACAGAUACAAAGCUGACGAUAACGUACACUAUCAUGUCAGUUUUGUCCUCAUAUUAUUUACACGUUGUUGACGUUGCACAGGUGAGACUUUGAGUUUACAGCACCUGUGUGCUGCAAACUG